AUGUCUGUCGUUCGCUCACCAACAGGAGAUACGCCUACCAGCAGCCACCAAAAACAGCAACAAAUGCCAGCUGCAGCCGCAGCCGUCAAUACACCGCCAGCCAAUACUUCUAAAUCUUCUUCUUCUUCUUCUCAGUUACAGCUCCAAAAACCGCCUUCAAAUACACCAGCCAAAACACCAAAUCCUGCAAAUGAAUUAGCCGAGAUGAGAAAACUUAUGAAAUUUGAAAUGGAACAGAUGCAACGUCAGAUGAAAGCAAUGCAAGACGAAUUUUUAGCAGCACAAGCAAAAAUGCAAGCACAACUAUUAAAUACGUCACAGCAGUUUGCUUCUUUGCAAAACACAAUGUCGCAGCAAGCAUUGCCUACACUGACGUCACAACCACCAAUUUUCUCAAAUCAAACGACACAACAACCGCCAUUGAAUACGCCGCAACAGCCACAAAGGAAUCUGCCACCACAGCCGCCAUUGAGUCUGCCGCCACAGCCGCCAUUGAAUCUGCCAUUACAUUCAGUAGUUUUGCCACCACAAACAGUACCGCCAACAACAAGUCAACAGUUGCAGACUCAAGUGCAUCAACUGCCGCCAUUGUCUAUCAACACAGAUGAGUCUUUUCCAAAUUCACUUUCAAAUAACUCCAACGGAAAUGCACAUAAAAAAAUUUAUCCCUUGCCUAUUUUUUCAGGUCUUCCAGAGGAGUGGCAGGCAUUUUUCGAAGCCUACGAGAGCACCACAACCGAAUUUGGUUACUCCAAUCUCCAUAACAUCAUGCGUUUGAGAGACGCAUUGAAGGGCCGAGCAAGGGAAACAGUGGAAUCCAUGUUGGGGAGUUCUGCCAACGUCAGCGCCAUUUUGGAAAUUCUGCAGGAAACAUUUGGUCGACCAGAGCAACUUAUCCGAAGCCAAGUAGAAAAAGUCCGAGCCAUUCCACCGCUGGCAGAUGAUAAUUUGGAUGCACUUGUCAACUUUGCCAACAAACUCUCCAAUAUGGCCACUUUCCUAAAAAACGCCAAGGGUGAACACCAUCUAUCCAAUCCAUCGUUGCUGAGUGAGCUAGUGUCCAAACUGCCGAUAAACCGCCAAAUGCAAUGGGCCGAAAAAUGUCUGCAACUCCAGCACCCCGCCACUAUAGUUGAUUUCAGCGAUUGGUUGGGAAUAUUACGCCGUCUCGCACAUAUGAGAGGCCACCAACUUAAAAAUUGCCACUAUAAGCGUCGUUGUGGCAUAAAUGAUUGCCAAAAAUCACACCACCAAUUGUUGCACAAAACACUCGCGACGCCAUCCCAGGAACCGAACCGAACAUUACCCACACACGAUUUGGAGCCACGAACGAACACCCCAUCUCUUCCCGACGCACCGCCGUCUCAAACACAACGAAGAAAUUGUCAUGCCGCCCACUACACCGAAAACGUACUGUUCCAGAUUUUGCCCGUGACGCUAUACGGAACACACAAACAAAUAACGACGUACGCGUUCAUUGACGACGGCGCCAAUGUGUCCAUGCUGGACGAGGACGUUGCUCGCGAACUCGGAGUACACGGGAAACCGGAGAUUUUAAAAAUUCAUGGUGUCGGUGAGUACAACAACAAGUACCCGAUAACCAAUGUUUACAUUUCGUCCAAUCUGUCAUUGCCAAUACAGAGUUGCCAUCUGGAUCAUUUAAUUAAAUCCCGUGAAAUCGACCAAAUCGCCGAAAUCCCAUUCCGGGAUUAUUCGAAUGUUCAACCUAAACUAAUAUUAAGCUUGCAACAUUCAUUUUUAACAGUUCCCUUGGAAGCUCCUCGUAUGAUGACUGAUGUUGGACCAAUCAUUACCCUAACGAGAUUAGGCGCCGUAAUUUAUGGACCGAUCCCAGGCGAGAAGAGUUCCAAUCUUAAGCGGGCUUUACACGUUAGGAAAUGUUUCGAGGAAGAAAAUUGUGACUUGCUUAAGGAAAUGCAUACCAUGAUGCGGCAAUAUUUCGACGUGGAGACAUUGGGUACCAAGGUAAAUGUGACACCAAUUCUGUCCAUAGAUGAUGAACGAGCGUUAAAAAUAUUGAGAGAAAACACGAAAAGAAUCGAUGGGCGAUAUCAGUGUCCGCUUUUGUGGAAAGAACAUUUUUCUCCAAUUCCAGAAUCGUACAAUUUGUCGUACAACCGAUUGCAGUGUGUGGAACGAAAAAUGGCAAAGGACAGUGUAUAUGCAGCUCAAUAUUGCAAAAAGAUAAGAGACUACGAGGAAAAAGGAUAUUGCCGUAAACUUUCAGUAGCAGAACGAGAAAGAAGGAGCGACCGAACGUUUUAUUUGCCACAUUUUGGCGUUAAAAAUCCCAACAAAGAUGGAAUUCGUAUCGUCUUCGAUGCUGCUGCUGAAGUUCAACAAUUUUCAUUAAAUAAAGCCUUAUUACCUGAACCUGACAUAAAUAACUCUUUAAUCUCUAUUCUUUUUAAAUUCAGGGAAUUUCCUGUAGCCGUGUGCGGAGAUAUACAAGAGAUGUUCCACCAAAUUGUAAUCGCCAAAGAAGAUCAGGACAGUCAGCGAUUUCUAUGGAGAAAUGGGGAUCCCAGUCAACCCUUAGAAACUUAUGUAAUGGAACGGAUGAUUUUUGGAGCCACUUGUUCGCCCACCAUAGCCCAAUAUGUAAAAAACCUAAAUGCCCGAAGGUUUAUAAAUGAGUCGCCAAGAGCAGUACAAGGAAUCAUCGAUCGUCAUUACGUAGACGAUUACGUCGACUGUUUCCAGACUGAAGGUGAGGCAGUUGAAGUGGUACGUGAUGUCAUAAAAAUUCACAAAGAGGGUGGAUUUAAUCUCCGCAACAUCAAGUCUAAUUCCCUUGUUUUACAACGUAUGUUUGGCAACUCUAUUUCUGAUGAAAGUGAUGGCAACUCAAUUUUUGAUGAUGGAAUGGAACGGGUACUUGGUAUUCAUUGGCUGCCAAAAUCAGAUGUUUUUUGUUUUGAAUUAAAAUUACACAAAGUGGAUGAAAAGAUAUUGAAAUUGCAAAAAGUGCCAACGAAACGCGAAAUGUUGUCUUUAAAUAUGUCCGUAUUCGAUCCAUUCGGGUUUCUUGGUGAUUUUAUGGUGACGUCGAAGAUAAUUAUGCAAAAUGUGUGGAAAAGUGGUAUAAAGUGGGACGAGGAGUUGCCGCCCGCGAUUUAUAGCCGCUGGAAGACCUGGCUGGAGGAAUUGCCUAAAUUAAAGGAUUUCAAAGUUCCGAGGUGUUACAGUAAUGGAUUUUUUAAUGGUAUAGUAGAUUUGCAUGUGUUUGUGGAUGCCAGUGAAGAUGCAAUGGCUGCUGUGGCAUACUGGCGUAUAGUAACAAAUUGUGGUGUAAGUGUUGUGUUCGUUAUGGGCAAGACGAGCUGUGCCCCAACAAGAUACCAUACUAUACCUAAGCUUGAGUUGCAAGCAGCAGUAAUUGGAGUGCGAAUGAAGGAAAAAAUUUUGGAAAAUCAUUUGAAGAAUAUUAAUAACAUUUAUUUUUGGUCAGAUUCCUCAACAGUGAUAAGUUGGAUCCGUUCAGAACACCGUACAUACAAACAAUAUGUGGCAAAUAGAGUGUCGGAGAUUCUGGAAAGCAGCCGUAUGGAGCAGUGGCGGUGGUGUCCAGGAGCGGAAAACCCAGCUGACGAAGGGACCCGUGCUAAAGGACCCAAGAAGUACCAGCCAGAAGGACGUUGGAAAAAUGGGCCAGAAUUCCUGAGAAAAGAAGAGAAGUAUUGGCCGGACGAGGAACAAAUUGGAACAUGUGUGGAUCACAGCAAAACAGAGCUAAGAAACAAAUACAAAGUUUUGGCUGAAACGGGCAAUGGAGACGUGGACGAGUCAUCGAAGUAUUCAGGGGCAAAGACGGAGUGGCACGAUCAGCCAAGGUGAGAACGAGUGCCGGUGUAUACCACAGACCUGUGUCCAAACUUGCCAUUUUGGACGUGGAAGCGGCUGGAGACGGAGUUGGUGAAGCCUCCCCCUCUGGGUCAGUUCACGGGGGUGGGGAUGUUAGAGAUGGUAACCCUGCAAUUACCAAAGCUAAAAAAGUGUAGCCAAAUUUGAAAUACCACUGUUAUAAAUGGCCGAAAUAUCCCAAGCGAAGAGGGAGACGAAACUAAAUUUAAGCCAACAUCUUCAUUUUGUUUAUUUUUGUUGUUUUGCUUAAUGUCACUUUUAUAUAAAUAGGCCCUUAUGGCCAUUGUUUAUUCCCUUUUUUGUUAGAACCCAAAAAUAAGUAAGUCGUGUUAAUUUUUAUUGUUUUUAAAUUAAAUAUUGUUAUUUUAUUUGUAAACUUAAUUUUUGUUAAAUUUUUAAAAUUCUUACAGAGAAUAAACAACGACAACUAAACUCACUAUUUGUAAACAAACAAACCAAAUAAACGCAGCUUUUUAUUUUGCCGAAA